AUGGCAGACGCACUCGAAUGGAACUACACAUCACCCUUGGCGGGGUAUGAGAAAGCCCCUCCUCUUCCCGAUGAGCGCACCGAUGACGGCAAGAGCUAUGUCAACAACCAGACGGGUGUGAAGAGCGUGGCAUACGAAAGGUUCAUUGAGCCGUUGGAUAACGGUCGACGGGGUGGUUUCGACAUUCAUGUCUAUUACUUCCAAAACAACCCUGAACAAACCCAAUAUGCGAGAGAGCUCUGGCAGAGAAUCCGGCAUGAAUUCCCAGAACUACGUAUCUAUACCUUCUGGGACCGCCCUGUGGGACCGCAUCCGGUCGCUAUGUUUGAGGUGAACUUGUUCACUCCUGCACAGUUUGGAGCCUUCAUUCCGUGGCUAGCGAUUUGGAGAGGGCCUCUGUCCGUGUUGGUGCACCCCAACACUACUCACGAGGAUGACGUACCACAUGAGUUGGAGAGGGAGCUGAAGAAUCAUACCGAGAGGGCGAUUUGGCUGGGGGAGAGGAUUCCGCUUGACGUGGGAAGGUUCAAGAGUUUGGUAGCGGCAUUCAAGAGAGCAGAAAGUAAUAAGGGGGAGUAA